AGAAUUUUAUAUGCGUAAUGUUUAAUGCUUGAAAUAUUGAAUUUUGAACAUUGUUUUUAAAGGAUUAGAAAAUGCAUGAAAUUUCCACGAAAUUCAAUUAAAGUAUAGUGAUACCUCGCAAUUAAAAAAUUAAAUCUAGCUGAUAUUUUUUGCAAUAAGUUUUAAUUAACACAAUACUGAAUUUAAUUAAAUCAUUAACAUGAAUAACUAUAUUUAAUUUAACUAACAAAAUUUAAUUUACAAUGCACAAAAUUAAAUACUUUGUAAAACAGAUGCUAAAUAGUCUUGAUGUUUGCAACAUAACAGGACAGUUUUAUAACCUAAAUACUGUAUAGACAUCGAGAUGAUAAUAGUGCGAUGAUAAAUUAACAGUUGGAAUAAGAGUUACAAUUAUCUGUACCAACAUUUAACGCUAAUGAGAAAUUUAAUGAGAAGAUAGAAGAUAUUAAGCAUUCUUGUAUCUGUCAGUAUUGCUCAUGUUAAAAAUGAAAUAUUAAUUAAAGAUCUCCGUGUUUAAUCUUACAAAGAAACGUAAUUUUGUAAUUAUCGUCUUUUUACAACAUUAUUUUCUCAUCACAAUGCGAGGUUUAAUUGAUUCAUCUUACUAUUUUAAUCUGAAAUCAAAGUGAAAUCAUUACGGAAUAAAAAGGGACACAAAUAAAGAACGAAAUUUCUUUAUAAGGCUUUUUCAAAAAGAUUGUGUCUUAAUUCAAGAUGGAAACUGUGAAAUAUUAUGCAAAUUUCAUAGAUCCUCAUUGGAUCGCCGUAGUGGCGACAGGAUUGUACACUCAUUUACGACAGAUCUGCAUAAUCGGUUUGUGUUUCGAAGAGGAGAACAUUUUGCCUUUCGAUCCAUCGUACGCGUCAAUACUCUUUGUAUUCUCAGUUUUAUGUCUGUUAGCAGAAUACAGACUAUGGCCCGUAACUCUUAAAGAACCACCAAUUCAGCUACUAUAUAUUUAUGAAAUGUUAAUAGCUGCAUUAAGUACAAAUUUAGCAAUUCAUAUGGUAUGGAUACCAAUGCUGCACGUAAUUCAUUGUUUAACCCAAGAAUCCAGUAAGUGGUUGUCGUGGUUAAAUACCGCUAUAGGUUUGGAUAGCUACUCUUGGUUGAUUUCCUUUGCGGAACAUAUGGCUGCAGACUACGCAGCGACGUACAUGGCAUUUUGUAUGUCGUUAUUGUCGUUUGUGUGGAUGCUGGACGCUACCGAAUCUCUGGACACGUUUCUGGAUACGUGGAGCAAGUAGUGAAUCCUGAAAUCUUAUCCGCAAAAUUCUUCGACAUAAAACGUUUACAAUUCAUAAAUAUAAGACAUCGCAAAGGCAAAAACAAGAAGGUUACUUUCAGCAAUCCUGAGGUGACUCAAUCAUUCUUUUAUAGAUUUUGUCAGAUAAAUCCUUUUACGAUAAAUUACAGAAAUUAUUUCUAACGUGUGGUACGUUUUUAUUGUACAUGUCCUUGUGUUUAAUAAAUAUUUGUUCUUAUAAUAUUUUCUAAAAUUAUUGUUGCA